AUGUGUGUCUCGUCGGUCUUUUCUCUCCCGGCCGAGAAGAAUCACCCGGAAUGCUGUGGAGUUCCGGAAUUCUAUUUCGCUGGACAACUCACGAGAUACUGA